GUCUAUUUUGGAAAAAGGAGGCUGCACCAAAGCAGCAUGAGAGCUGUUUGGCAUCGCAAACCACCAGAGAAGAAAAGGAAAAAAGAACUCUUGUCGACCGCCCACCACCAGAGGAGACCGGGGGAGUUCCAUCAUUCUGGAUUUACUAUCACUUCAUGAAUUUUUGAGCAUAAAGUGGACUUUUAUUUAUUUUUUUGGUGUAUCAGCUGGAAAUAUAUUGAUUUGUCGGCUAUUUUACCUGAGAGGCUGAAGACUCAAGGGGCAAAACAUGGAUCAGAACCUGUUUGGAGGAGCUCCCAGGUUCCUCACCCGCCCCAAAGCAUUUUCAGUGUCAGUAGGGAAGGAUGCCAAUCUCAGCUGCACUGUUGUAGGGAACCCCAUCCCAAUGAUUACCUGGGAAAAAGAUAAACUCAAGCUGAAAUCUGGAGGCCGCUUCAAAACUGUGGAGGAUGGGGAUGUGUACCGCCUGACCAUCUACGACUUAACGUUGGAGGACAGCGGACAGUACAUGUGUCGAGCCAAAAACAACGUGGGGGAAGCGUACGCAGCCGUGACCCUAAAAGUGGCCCUGCCAGCAGAGUUAUGUCUGAGAGCCCCUGUUUUCAUGGUGAAACCUACUUCUACACGUGUAGGUUUGGGUGGUGAUGUUGUUUUCCACUGCCAAGUUGCAGCUCACCCUGGAGCCAGCUUUGAGUGGGAGAAGGAUGGGCGCUACCUGGGGGAGACAAACCGUAUCAAGAUCGUUUCUGACCAUGACAGCAGCACCUUAAAGGUCCAAAGUGUUCGCAACCUGGACAGCGGCACCUACACCUGCAGGGCCCAGAACUCCGUAGGCCGUUCCCAUACUGCAGCGGCUCUGGUUGUAGAUGCUCAGGAUGCUCGCAACAUGGCUGCAGACAAGAGCACCUCCCUCCUUUCUCACAUGCAAAAACGCAAAGAGGAAAUGAAGAAGGAUAUUUCCAUCUAUCGCACUGAGGAAAGCAGUUCCUUCUCCACAGCCAACAAGAGCAAUGCACUGAGUCUGGAACAUGAGCUGAGGGCAUCUGCACUGGUUAAUCUUCCCAAAGGUGUUUUUACCCGUACCUGCACAGUGACCGAGGGCAAACACGCCAAACUCAGUUGCUUUGUGACAGGUCAUCCAAAACCACAUAUUAUCUGGAGGAAGGACGGAUCAAACAUCGGCGAGGGCCGCAGGCAUGUCAUUUAUGAAGACCAAGCUGAAAAUUUCAUCCUCAAGAUCCUGUAUUGCAAGCAGAGUGAUAAUGGCUUUUACACUUGUAAUGCAACCAAUAUGGCUGGGCAGACCUACAGCGCUGUGCUGGUUACAGUCAAAGAGCCCAAGGUGCCUUUCAGGAGGAAGCUCCAGGAUGUGGAGGUCCAAGAGAAGUCUUCAGCCAAACUCAUGUGUGAGGUGCCGUACACCGCCACGCAGGCCAACUGGUUCAUGGAGGAAACGCAACUGGAGCAAAAUAGCAAAUAUCGCAUGGAAGAAGAAGGCACACUGCGGAGUCUCACCAUACACAACGUCACCACUAAUGAUGAUGGUGUUUAUAUCUGCGAGAUGAAAGAGGGAAGCCGCACUGUGGCUGAGCUCACAGUCCUUGGUAAUAUCACCAAGAAGCUUCCUCGGAGGACAGUAGUACCUGUCAGUGACACUGUCAUCUUCUGUGUUGAGCUGGAGCAUCCUUGUCCUAACGCCUUCUGGACUCGCAACGGCGAGAAACUGAAGGCAGAUUCUCGUAUAUCUGUUGCCUGUCUGCUUCGACAGUACACACUCACAAUCAAAGACUGCCACGCAGACGAUUCAGGAGAAGUGGCCUUCGUGGCUGGAGACUGCAAGACUUCCACACGAUUCACUGUCACUGCUGCACGGAAGCACCCCCCUGACCCCCCAGUCAACGCUGUGGUGCAGAACAAGACGGACUCGUCCAUCAAAAUUCAGUGGUCUCCUCCUGACAGUGAUCGUCCAGUACCCAUCAAAGCGUACAUUGUGGAGAGAAGGAAGGUCGGUGCUUCUACAUGGCAGAGGUGCAACGCUGGAGAAACGCUUGUUUCAACAGAAGUCACCAUCUGUAACUUUGCAGAGGAAGCUAGCUACCAGUUCCGUAUCUCUGCCACAAAUGACUUUGGUCAGAGUCCCUAUCUAGAGGUUCCUGGAAGCUUCUAUCUUGAACCCACUGCAGAAAUAAAAAAAGGUCUGGUGAAGAGCACUGCAGUAUCCGAUGAGGAGUUCUCCAUCUCUGUGGAGUUGUCUGCUGUUUGCUCUGGUUUCUGGUCUCUAAACGGGCGCCUCCUGCGCAGUGGAGCUGAUUACCUCAUCACCAGAACAAAGAACGUACACACUCUGCUCAUCCGCGUUGUGACCAUGGAAAUGAAUGGAGCCGAAAUCAAAUUUGUGGGUGGAGGUUCACAGAGCAGUUGCAUCCUAUCUGUGGAGGCCCCUUCUGUUAGGUUCUUCAACAAAUCAGAUCAUCCAGAUGUUGUCACUUGCAGCGCUCAAGACAGUGCUCAGCUAGUUGCUGAGGUGUCGGAUUAUGAUGCUCAGGUGACCUGGAUGAAAAAUGAGAAGGAGGUAAAAAUGGGCAAGAAAUACGAAUAUGUGACAAAUGAUCGUAAGAGGAUGCUUAUGGUGCACAAUGUUACGGAGGAAGAUGUGGGACUUUAUCAGUGUGUUUUAGCUAAUGACAAGAUGUCCUUUCAACUUGCUCUCAAAGAUGAACCAGCCAAAUUUUUAAAUAAAGCCAGAGGGCCCAUGGGAUUAUCAUCAACCCUUAAAGGAGAUCUUGAGCUUAGCUGUGAGGUGUCGGUAACAAGUGCUGUCGUUGUGUGGAAAAAGGACAAAGUAGAGAUUAGUGAGGACCAAAGAACCACCAUCAUCUCUAAAGGGACUCAAAGGAAGCUCAUCGUUAAGAGCGCCAAAAAAGUUGAUGAAGGAUAUUAUUCAUGUGAGACAGAAGCCGAUAAAGUCACAUUCCAUGUCAAGAUAAAAGACGCCCAGGCAGUAGCUGCGUUCUCCAACAAGGAGUCCGUUCAGAAGGAAGUCAGAGCCAUUCUCACCCAGAGAGCAACGCUUAGCUGUGACGUGUCUGAUAGUAAAACCGAGGUGAAAUGGUACAAAGAUGGCAAGUUGUUGGAAGCUAGCCAGAAGAUAUACUCGGAGGCAAAGGGCACACACCGUCAGCUGGUGAUUGAAAAGGUGGAGAGGAAGGAUGCUGGAGAGUACACCUGUGAGGCCGGAGGGGAUAAACUACUUUUCAAGAUGUUUGUGUCAGAGGCUCAGUCAGCUUUCUCCAAUAAGGAAAAAGUUCAGGAGGAGGUGAAAGCCGUUCUGUCCCAGAAGGCCAUCUUGAGCUGUGAAGUAGCUGAAACCAAAACGGAGGUAAAAUGGUACAAAGGGGGGAAAAUCCUGACCUCCAGCAAGAUGAUCCACGCCGAAUCAAAAGCCAGAACCCGCCAGUUGGUGAUUGACAGCGUUGAGAGGAAAGAUGCUGGAGAGUACGUCUGUGAAGCUGGAUCUGAGAAGCUGACCUUCAAGGUUCAUGUGGAAGAGGCCCAGUCAGCCAUCUUUAAUAAGGAAUCAGUCCAGAAGGAGGUGAAAGCCAACGUGUCCCAGAAGGCCACUCUUAGCUGUGAGGUUUUUGAUUCCAAAACAGAAGUGAAAUGGUGCAAAGACGGCAAGCUCCUCCUUUCCAGUAAGACCGUGCGUACAGAGUCCAAGGGCAAAAGUCGCCUGCUGGUGAUUGAAAAUCUGGACAUGAAGGAUGCUGGAGAAUACACAUGUGAGGCUGGGACUGAAAAGCUGGUCUUCAAACUUCAGGUGACAGAUGCACAAGGCCAGUCUGCUUUUUUCAACAAAGAGACUGUCCAAAAGGAGGUAAAGGCCAUCCUGUCCCAGAAAGCCACUCUGAGCUGUGAGGUGGCUGAUGCUAAGACAGAGGUGAAGUGGUUCAAAGAUGGCAAGCUGCUGACGCCCAGCAAGACAAUCCACACUGAGUCAAAAGCCAAGACUCGCCAGCUGGUGAUUGACAGCGUGGAAAAGAAAGAUGCCGGGGAUUAUGUCUGUGAGGCUGGAUCUGAGAAGCUGACCUUUAAGAUACAUGUUGAAGAAAUCCAACUCAAGUCUGUUUUCUUCAACAAGGACUCUGUCCAAAAGGAGAUAAAAGCCGCCCUGUCCCAGAAGGCCUCGCUGAGCUGUGAGGUUGCUGAUGCAAAGACAGAGGUGAAAUGGUACAAGGAUGGCAAGCUGCUGACAUCCAGCAAGACGAUACAUGCAGAGUCAAAGGGCAAGAGCCGCCAGCUGUUGAUUGACAGUGUGGAGAAAAAAGAUGCUGGAGAUUACGUCUGUGAGGCUGGCUCUGAGAAGCUGGCUUUUAAGAUACAAGUGGCAGAACCUCCUGUUGGCUUCACCAACAAGGAAUCAGUCCAAAAGGAAGUGAAAGCUUCCCUCUCUCAGAAAGCCACUCUGAGUUGUGAUGUUUCAGAUUCCAAAACAGACGUGAAGUGGUACAAGGAUGGAAAACUUCUGACUUCCAGCAAGGCCGUCCAUGCAGAAUCAAGGGGUAAGACUCGAGAGCUGGUGGUAGAGAGAGUGGAGAAGAAGGAUGCUGGGGAAUACACUUGUGAAGCUGGAAGUGAGAAGCUGCAGUUCAAGCUACAGCUGACAGAUGCCGCCGUCAAGUUCAAGGAGUCUGCCAGGGACACAAUUGUUGUUGAAGCACGUGAAAACAUUGUUCUAACCACUGAGCUGACCUCUGAGAGCGGUAGUGUUAAGUGGUUUAGAGACGGCAUGGAGCUGAAGGAGAGCAGUAAGUGUGAGAUGAAACGAGAAGGCUCUACUCGUACGUUGAUUGUGAAAUCUGCAGAGACCAAAGACAAUGGAACAUACUCCUGUCAAACUCCCGAUGACAAUGUGGAGUUUAAAGUUCGAGUUAAAGAUUCAGCUUUGAAGUUUGUUCUUCCUUUGAAACCUGCCUCAGUGGAGUUAGGAGGCACACUUAGCCUGGCUUGCGAACUAAAUCAGACCUCGGGGGAUGUUGUUUGGCACCACGAUGGCCGUGAGAUUAAACCCGGAAGCAGGCACUGUGUGAAAACUGACGGUCCAAAGCGGGUUCUUACUGUCAUGGGUGUGACGAAGGAAGAUGAGGGAGAAUACAGCUGUGUUUGCAAAAAUGACAAGACAUCUGCUAAAGUAACCUCUAAAGCACCAAGACUCGUUCGACUGACUACAAAACUGAACAAUGUAGCUGCAACGGAGGGAAAAAACGCCAUUUUCAAGUGUUCUGUCACUCCAGCAGACGUCAGUGUGAAGUGGUUCCAUAACAGCAUACCCAUCACUGCUGGGCCCAAGUAUAAACUUGAGCAUGGUGGUGGGAGUUACUCGCUCACCGUGACCUCUGUCACACUGAAGGAUGCAGGAGAAAUAAGUGUCGAUGCAGAAGGCAAAAGUUGCAGAGCUACCCUGCAAGUUCAACGUGAACCUGUGACUUUUAAGAAAAAGCUGGAAAAUGUGACGGCUGAGGAGGACAGUGAGGCUAAACUGGAAGUGGAGCUGAGUAAGGUCUCAGAUGAAGUCAAGUGGAUGAAAAACGGUGUUGUGCUGCAGCCUGGUGUAAACGUAGAGAUCCGGGUGGAUGGAGCGAAGCAGUCUCUGGUCUUCAAGAAAGUCACUUAUGCAGACCGUGGCCUGUACUCUUGUGAAACUCUGGAUGACAAGACCCAGGCCAAGCUCAGUGUAGAAAUGAAAAAGAUUCAGGUAAUUAAAGGUUUGACAGAAACCAAAGCACAUGAAACAGAGACAGUGAGCUUUGAGGUGGAGCUCAGUCAGGCGGACGUUGAAGCUUCAUGGACCAGAGAUGGGGCCAAGUUAAAGUCAGGAGCAAACUGUCGCAUCACAGCUCAGGGAAAGAAGCACAAGCUGACGCUGUCCAGUCUCAAAAAGGAAGAUGCUGGGACCGUUGCCUUCCAGGCAGAGGGAGUCCACACUUCAGCCAAACUGAUUAUAGCCGAACCUCCUGCAAUGAUCUCCAAACCCAUAAUGGACAUUAGUGUUUCUGAAAAGGAGAAGGCUACUUUUGAAUGUGAAGUGUCAAGAAACAAUGCAGAAGUGAAGUGGUUUAAGGAUGGUGCUGAGCUGAAGCCAGGAAAGAAUCUUGGCCUUCAUUUCCUGGGCCGAAAAUGCACUUUGGUCAUUCAGAAAUGCACGCCUGAAGAUGGAGGCACGUACAUCUGUCGCACCACUGAUGACAACACGUCUGCCAAGCUCACCGUUCAUGCCAGAGAUAUCAAGAUUGUGAAGAAGCUGGUGGAUGUGGAGGUGAUGGAGAAGGAGAGCGCUUCAUUUACUUGUGAAGUCUCACAUGAUGACGUGGAGUUCCAGUGGUACAAAGGAGGUAACAAACUCAAAGCCACUGAAAACAUCAAGAUGAGACAGGAGGGCAGAACCUAUGUACUGCUGUUUAAGUGUGUCACCCCUGAAGAUUCGGGUGAGAUUAAAUUCACAGCUGAGAAGACUUUUUCAACUGCAAAACUUAAAGUAAAAGAACUGCCUGUCAACUUUGUGAAGAAACUCAGGGAUAAGAUAGCGAUGUACAAGCACCGUGCUCAUCUUGAAUGCCAAGUAUCCCGUGCCAGUGCAAAAGUGAAGUGGUUCAAAAACAAGAUGGAGAUCAAACCCAGCAAAAAGUACGAGAUUAAAAGUGAAGACGUGUAUCGAAAGCUCACCAUCAACGAUGUGGACUGUGGAGACGAAGACACGUAUAUCUGUGAUGCUACAGAUGACAAAACAUCCUGUAAACUGCUUGUGGAAGAGCAGUCCAUAAGUAUUGUGCGUGAACUUAGUUCAGUAGAGGUGACAGAGCCCUUCGCAGCUGUGUUUGAAGUUGAAAUCAGUAUGGAACUGGUGAAACCUCCUACAUGGACUUUGAAUGGAGUUGCUGUUCAGGAAGGUGCUGAUGUUGAGACGGAGAAAGAAGGCACCCUGCACCGUCUCACCUUCAAAAAGACCAAAGCAUCAAUGACGGGACCUGUGCAGUUUACUGCUGGGAAGAGCAAAUCUUUAGCUCAGCUCAACGUUAAAGAGCGUCCACUUGAGAUUGCAGUACCCAUUAAAGAUGUGACAGCAAAGGAAAAAAGCUCUGCAACACUCACUUGCAAAUUUUCAGCAGUACCCAAAGAGGUUAGUUGGUACAAAGGUCAGAUAUGUCUGACGACAUCUGAUAAGUACAACAUGAAGCAAGAUGCUACAAGGGCCCAACUUAUGAUUGGAAAACUGACUGCCGAGGAUAGUGGAGAGUAUCGCUGUCAGUCAGGACCUGCCGAGACCAAAGGCACCCUUACCGUCGAGGUCCGUGACAUAAAAAUCACCAAGCACCUGGUUGAUACAGAAGUUGACGAAGACAACGAUGCAGCGUUCACCUGUGAGAUUAACUAUGCAGAUGAAGAGGUGCAGUGGCUUCUCAAUGACAAGGUGCUCUUCACAAAUGAAGUCAACACCAUCACACAUGAGGGGAAGGUCCACAAGCUCACACUGAAGAAUUUAGCUCCCCAGGAUGGGGGUACCAUCACCUUUCAAGUCCGUAAAUUGAAAGAGUCUGUCAUGCUCAGGGUUAAAGAGAAACGUGCUGUGUUCCUCAAGUCUCUGGAUGAUGUCACUGGAGAAGAGAAGGGCAUGAUAACCUUGGCUUGUGAGGCAUCCAAGCCAAGGGUUUCUCCAACAUGGAGGAAAGAGGGAAAAGUCCUAAAAGCCGGACCAAAAUAUGAGCUUCUUCACACAGGCAAGUCUUUGGGACUGAUCAUCAAGGAUGCCACCAAAGAUGAUGCUGGCGAGUACAGCUGUGAUCUUGGCACAGAGGUUUCCAAGUCAAAGGUCACUGUAAGAGAAAUUGGUAUUGGUAUAACAAAAUGGUUGAAAUCAGCUGAGGUGAAUGAAGGAGACAGCUGCAGCUUCGAGUGUAUUCUUUCUCGUGAGAGCACUGAUGAGUGUUCAUGGAGUAUUAACGGCCAAGCUGUUAAAAACGGCGGCCGCUUUAAGAUCACCUGUCAAGGACGCAAGUACACUCUGACCGUAAGAGAUGUCAUGCCUGUUGAUGCUGGUGAGGUGGUUUUCAGCAUUAAAGAUCUGAGCUCCAAAACAACAUUAAAAGUUGAAGGAAAAGCAUCUUCUUUAUCAAAAGGACUUCAGAAUAUUUCUGUAGUUCAAGGUGAAGAUGCUGUGUUCAUCUGUGAGGUGACACAGUCUAGUUCUACUGUAAAGUGGUCCAAAGAAGGCAAAUCCAUCAGGAAAAGCCAGAAGUAUGAGCUCAGCCAACAGGAGAAGCUCAUGAAGCUGAUUAUCCAUAAUGUGUCUGCUGAAGACUCUGGAGAAUACAGCUGUGAAGUUGUUGGAGGUGCAACUACAAGAGCCAAGCUUGAAAUUAAAGAACCAAUCCACAAAUUUACCAAAGUGUUGGAGGACAUCCAAGCUGAUGAACAGAGCUCUGUGACCUUGAAGUGUGAAACAGCACAAACCCCAGCCUCAGUGACGUGGCUCAAAGGCCACACGGAGCUCAAGCCUGGAGGUCGAUACGUGAUGUCCCAGAAGGAGAAGGUCUUAAGUCUCACCAUUAAAAACCUGGAGGAGAAGGAUACUGACAUCUACACGUGUGAUGUGGGCACCGCUAAGAGCAUGGCAAAAGUGACAGUUAAAGUUCAACCAGUGACCUUCAAGCAGAAGAUGGAGAACCUGGAGGCUGAAGAGGGAGCCAGUAUUACUCUGAGCUGUGAGCUCUCCAAACCUGGAGUUCCAGUGGAGUGGAAGAAGGGAACACAGGUCCUGAAGUCUGGAGAGAAGAUCCAGAUGAAGCAGAAGGGAUGUGUGAAUGAACUCCUCAUUAACAAAGCGGCACCAGAAGACAGUGGAGAUUACAGCUGUGUGUGUGGAGACCAGAAGACUACAGCUAGUCUUAAGAUCUCGGCCCAACCAGUGACCUUCAAGCAGAAGAUGGAGAACCAGGAGGCUGAAGAGGGAGCCAGUAUUACUCUGAGCUGUGAGCUCUCCAAACCUGGAGUUCCAGUGGAGUGGAAGAAGGGAACACAGGUCCUGAAGUCUGAAGAGAAGAUCCUGAUGAAGCAGAAGGGAUGUAUGAAUGAACUCCUCAUUAACAAAGUGGUACCAGAAGACAGUGGAGACUACAGCUGUGUGUGUGGAGACCAGAAGACCACAGCCAGCAUCAAGAUCAAGGCCCAACCAGUGACCUUCAAGAAGAAGCUGGGGAGUCAUGAAGCUCAAGAGGGAGCCAGUAUUACUCUGAGCUGUGAGCUCUCCAAACCUGGAGUUCCAGUGGAGUGGAAGAAGGGAACACAGGUCCUGAAGUCUGGAGAGAAGAUCCUGAUGAAGCAGAAGGGAUGUGUGAAUGAACUCCUCAUUAACAAAGUGGUACCAGAAGACAGUGGAGACUACAGCUGUGUGUGUGGAGACCAGAAGACCACAGCCAGCAUCAAGAUCAAGGCCCAACCAGUGAUCUUCAAGCAGAAGAUGGAGAACCAGGAGGCUGAAGAGGGAGCCAAUAUUACUCUGAGCUGUGAGCUCUCCAAACCUGGAGUUCCAGUGGAGUGGAAGAAGGGAACACAGGUCCUGAAGUCUGGUGAGAAGAUCCAGAUGAAGCAGAAGGGAUGUGUGAAUGAACUCCUCAUUAACAAAGUGGUACCAGAAGACAGUGGAGACUACAGCUGUGUGUGUGGAGACCAGAAGACCACAGCCAGCAUCAAGAUCAAGGCUGUGAAGCUGUCUGUUCCUCCCUCAGCUGCUGAACCAGAGUCCAAGAUGCAGGAGACCAAAGAAAAAGCUGAAGUCAAGAUGAGUGAAACUUCAUCUGUAGCUGGUAACGUCAUUCAGAAGAGGCAGGAGAUAAAUGAAACUGUGGAAGCUGUGACACUGCCAGCUACUGGAGAGGCCCCUAAACAGCAGAUUCUCAAUCAAGAGGUUCAGCGAGGUUCAAGAGAGCUUGAAAUGGGACGUGAAGCUGACAAGCCUUUUACUGGAACGGUUGUCAAACAAGCUCAAAGCCAGGGGACCAAAGAGCCAGCACAAGCUGUGACUGCAAUAAAAACCGGAGCCUGUGAAGAUGAGCAACUCAAACAGGAGACUGAGAGAAGUUCAACAGAACCUAAAGUGGAAGGUGAAGAUGUCCCCGUUAGAUGCAUUCAAGACCUGGAGAGUCAAGAAUGUGAGGAAGGAAAAAGCGUGACGCUGCAAUGUGAGCUUUCUAAACCUGGACUUCCCAUCAAGUGGAAGAAAGGAGGAGAAGUCCUAACUUGUGGAGAAAAGUACCACAUGAAACAAGCAGGACUGAAUUAUGAGCUUCAAAUUCUUGAUUUGACUCCUGGAGACACAGGAAGAUAUUCAUGCUGCUCAGAGGACACCCUAAGCUCAGCAUUUCUUGUUGUAAAUGCUCGUCCAGUGUUUUUCAUAAGAGACUUGGAAAGCCAGACGGUGCAAGAGGGAAACAGUGUCACUUUAAACUGUGAGCUUUCAAAAUCUGGUGUUGCUUUGGAGUGGAGGAAAGGAGAACUUGGCCUUUGUCCUUGUGGCAAGUAUGGAAUUAGACAAACAGGACAUCAGGCUAUGCUAGUAAUCCAUGACGUAGAUCCAGAGGAUUCUGGGAGCUAUACGUGUGACACUGGUGAAUGCCAAAGCACAGCACAAGUAGCUGUGAAGGCCAAGCCUGUCUUGUUCAGAACCGAGCUACAGAACCUUGAAAGACAAGCUGGAGAGGCGGCUACUUUUCACUGUGAGAUCACAAAACCAGGAGCCGAUGUGGUCUGGAGGUACGGUGACAAGGUGCUGACCACCAGUAGCAAGUAUCAUCUGAAACAGGAAGGGACAGUGGUCAAACUUAUUGUCUGUAAGCUGCAGGGAGCUGACUCAGGAGAAUACUCCUGUGAUACAGGCCACCAGAAGACGUCAGCUGUCCUCACGGUGAUGGCUGCUGAGGUUGAAAUACUGAAGUUCUUGGAGAGCUGUGUUGUACAUGAGGGGGAAGAUGUACACUUUGAGUGUCAACUUUCUCAUACGGAGACGCCACAAGUUCAGUGGAAACUCCAAGAUGUUCCACUGCAGAAUAAUGAAAUGAACCUGAUCAAAUCUGAGGGCCGAGUGCACAGCCUCACACUUAGAGGCGUAACUGCUGCUGACUCUGGAACAGUCACUUUCUCUGUGGGAAACCACACUUCCACCGCCUCUCUGACUGUCAGAGCAUCUUCAGUAUCCUUCAAGAAGGAGCUGGCAGAUCAAGAGGCCAGAGAAGGAGGUGAAGCUACACUGUCCUGUGAAACGUCCAGUUCUGACUGUAAAGUGACCUGGAAAAAGAGCUCAACUGUACUCUCCCAGGGUGAAAAGUACACCAUGCAGCAGAAGGAUACCACCCAUAGCCUGGUUAUACACAAGCUGAUGAUGGAGGACAGUGGGGAAUACAUCUGUGAAACAGGAAGUGGGAAAAGCAUUGCAACCUUAACUGUAAAAGAACACGUACGCAUUGUCCAAGAGCUCAGCGACAUCACUGUGAUGACGGGCAAGGAUGCCAUCUUUGAAGUUGAACUUUCGCAUUCAGGCGUCACUAAUGGGGAAUGGUGGCUUGGAGACAACCUCCUUCAAAAUAAUGAUCUGAAUCAAAUGAGCAGUCACGGCAGACUGCACCGAUUGGUGCUGAAGAUGGUGACCACAGAUGAAUCGGGUGAUGUUGCCUUCGUCGUUGGGGAUGAGAAGAGCGUGGCUUUUCUUCUGGUUGAGGAGAAACCCAAAGUGCUAAUAGUAGAGAAGCCCCAUGAUACGGUGGCAUUAGAGGGUGAAACGGUCACUCUUGCCUGCAGCAUCUCUGACCCAAAUGCUACAGUCACCUGGACCAGGAACAAAAGGAGCAUUCGAGAAGGUCUCAAAUAUGACCUGAAGAAGAAUGGGGCAAUCCACCAGCUUCGUAUCCAUAACCUGGUGUCUGAAGACUCAGGAACAUAUGUCUGCGACACAGGAGACGAGCAGUGUGAUGUCACAUUGACUGUACAAGGUGCUCCAGUGUUCUUCCAGAAAGAGCUCAAGAACCAGAAUGGUGUAGAGGGUGACAAUAUCACCCUUCGCUGUGAACUGUCUAAGCCAGGCAUUCGGGUUGAGUGGAGGAAAGGAGGCAUUGUCCUCCAGCCUGGUAAGAAGUACGAGAUAAGACAGGAAGGACGCAUUCAGGAGCUUUGUAUACAUAACCUGGAGCCUGAAGAUCGUGGCUACUACACCUGUGAUGCAGGAAAUCAGCUCACUACAGCUUCUUUAGCAGUUCAAGUGAAGGAGAUCUUCAUUGUAACUGGUCUUAUGAACACUGACAUCUUUGUUGGGGAGUGGGCAACUUUCUCCUGCCAGCUGUCUGGCAGGGCUCCUGGUAAGGUGCAGUGGUGGUUGGAUGGCACCUUGCUGGAGAGCAGCUCUGUCAUUGAGAUAGGCCAGGAGCAGUCCCACAUCCACACAGUCACCUUUAAGAACCUGGCCACAGAUGACUCUGGCAAUGUCACCUUCAAAACUGGCAGUUUAACCUCAUCGGCCAAGCUCUUAGUCAAAGAUCCCACAGUUGAACUGGUGAGCGAUAUGGAGGACCUUUUGGUGGUUGAAAACCAACCAGCUGAGUUCAUCUGCCAGUUCUCGAGGCCAGUCAAGGCUCAGUGGAAGAAAGACGGGCAGCCUUUGCAGCCUGAUGGUCGAAGGGUGGUAGUGGAGCAGGACUGGAAUGUGGCUCGCUUGUACAUUAACCGCGUGUCUACUGGGGACAUGGGGACAUACUCCUGUGAGGCUGAAGGCAUCUGUGUGUUUGCUUCACUUCAUGUGGAAGACAAGCCUAUACGUAUUGUUCAAGGCCUGGAGAAUACGGAAACCUUUGCUGGAGGUGAAGCGCUCUUUGAGUGCGCCCUCUCUCGCCCGGAGAAUACAGAGUUCACUUGGCUUCUUGAUGGGAAACCAGUGAAAGAAUCCUCCAAGGCUGAGGUAGUGUCAUUCGAAAGUGGCCGUCGCCAUCUCCUCCUUUUAAAAGAGCUGCAGGUUAAAGACAGUUGCACAGUGACUUUUAAAGCUGGUGCAGCUUCUACCACUGCCCAGCUCACUGUCAAAGACUGGAAGCUGAAGAUUGUGAAAGGUUUGGAGGACAAAGUGGCUGCAGUGGGAGAGAAGGUUGAAUUUAGCGUUAGGCUGAAUGAGUCUGUUCCUGCAACAGAAGUGGUCUGGUAUGCUAAUGGAGUUGAGAUAAACCCCGGUGACCUCUGGGCUAUGAGGGCUGACGGCAGCUCUUAUAAUCUCAUCCUGAGACAGGCCCCUCUCAUGCCUCAGCAGGAAAUUACCUUUGCUGCCAGAGAUGCUCUCUCAUUGGCCAAGCUUACAAUCAUUACUGUGCCUGAUCCUCCAGAGGAGCCAGAAGUCCUCAGUAAGACCGCAGAGACCGUCACGCUGUCUUGGUUCACUCCUUUGCACGAUGGAGGGAGUCCCAUUCUGGGAUACAGGGUGGAAAAGCGGCUGGUGGACAGUGCUCUCUGGCAUCCAUGUCAUUCUGAGCCUGUUUGCAACACAGAGUUUGUGGUUGAAAAUCUUGUUGCAGGGCGUGGAUACAGGUUUAGAGUGGCAGCCAUCAACAGAGCUGGGACUGGAGAGCCUGUUGAACUUCCUCUGACGUUGCAGCUUGAUGCAAAGCAGCAGCAGCCCAGUCUGCCUCCUGAAGCUGCUGAAGAAGGUGACCUUCAUGAAUUGUGGGAAGCAUCAGCCAAGAAACGACGUAUGAGUCAAGAGCCCAAACUGGACUCCAUCACUGAACAACCUGAGGAAGGUGGGAAAGGUGCCCAAAAGAAAAAAGGACAGAUUGAACUUAAGUCAUCAGAAAAAGGAGAAAUCAAAUCUGCUGAGAGGGAUCGGGCCAUUGUUGCCAAGGAGCAGACAGAAUUGAGUAAGUCCAUCAGCUCUGAGGUGGAGAGUGUUUCUGGGGGCUCAACGCUUGUGUCUUACCUCAAAACGAGUAGCACGACUGCUGUCACAGCCACCACUGAAGCUGAGACUCUGGCCACCGAUAGGUUCUUUGCUCAUUUUAAAAUGACAGAGCAGAAAACAGUACAGCAGACUGAAGCAAAAACAACUGUAAUCCAGCAGAUGGAUGAAAAACAGGUAUCUACACAAGAAACUGAUGUUAUGGAGAUUUCAAAAGAGGAUGAACCUGAGCUUACAGAUGCGGCCAUUAAGAUUCAAGCUGCCUUCAAAGGCUACAAGGCUCGCAAGGUCAUGCGUCCUGUCUUCAAAGACGUCUUCAAAGAGCAGACCAAAGAACCUAAUGACACCAUUCAUCUGGAAUGUUUGACAGAAGGUAAACCUGAUAAAGUUCGCUGGUUGAAAGACGGAGAACAACUGAUUGAUGGAAAGCAUCAUCAUAUUGACAUCUACAAUGAUGGCACCUGCUCUCUGGUCAUUACUGCCAUCACCACCAAAGACACGGGGGUUUACACUUGCGAGAUCACCAACAAGUUUGGAGUCGCUUCUCACAGCGCAAAGGUGACCGUAGGAACAGUGAGAGAGUCAUCGGAGAGACGACCCCUGUCUGUGGGUUACAGUGCCGACAGUGAGCCUGAAAGCUCCUCUGGUAGUGAGAUGGAUGAGUCCCUGAGACAGGCAAGCAGACGUCUCAGGCGCCUAUUGCGCACACGUCUCCCGCCUGAUGUUGAGGAAGAACCAUUCCUCAGCGCUGAUGAAGGGGACUUGCGCCCCCCAGAUCCUCACUCUUACCGUGAGGAUGAAAAUUACAUCUACAUUCGCUUUGAAUCCCAGGCAGAGGCUGAAGUUGCCUCUAAAAGAUUCCAGGAGAUGUUUACAGUCCAUGGCGUCCCUGUGGACACCGCCAUUAUAGCAGCUGGGCUUAAUAAAGUAGAGCUGCGAAUUAGAAAAUCUGGUUACAUUCAGGAUGGAACACAGACACCCACUCAAGAUCGACAGCCUCCUUCUUUGAUUACUGGAGCUCCAGCUGCUCCCGUCUUCUUGACAGAGCUACAAAAUCAGGAUGUUCCGGAUGGUUAUCCUGUCAGCUUUGACUGCGUUGUGAUUGCCAAGCCCCCUCCCACUGUUCGCUGGUACAAAGAUGGCAAACUCCUGGAGGAGAAUGACCAUUACAUGAUCAAUGAGGGCCAAGAGGGCUGCCACCAGCUCAUCAUCACCACUGUGCUGCCCACUGACAUGGGUGUCUAUCGCUGCACAGCAGAAAACAGCAGUGGCAUUGCAGCUACUAAAGCUGAGCUUCGAGUUGACAUGUCUUGCAGCUCCGAUUAUGACACUGCUGCUGAUGCUACUGAGACUUCAUCCUACGUCAGUGCCAAGGGUUAUGCCUCCAGUAGAGAAACAGAAACGUUUGAAUCUGUAGCCGAGGAUGAUCAACUACCACAGAUUGUGGACGAACUUCACGAUGUUCAUGUCAGUCCAGGUUCACCUAUCGCCAAGAUGCAGCUCAAAGUAAAAGGUUUCCCCAAACCCAGAUUAUACUGGUUCAAAGAUGGCCAACCUAUACGUGCAUCAGAAAGGAUUCUGUUGUCAGUAGAGAGGGAUGUUCACGCUGUUGAGAUCAUGGAGGUGAAGAGAGAGGACAUGGGGGAGUACUCUGCCUAUAUCAGCAAUGCAGCUGGUUCUGCCUACUCCUCUGCCCGACUGAUUGUAUUGAGUCCAGGAGAGAUUUUGCCACAAGAUAAAAAAGACUUGAAGGGGCCCCUAGUGCCACCCCGCUUCCUUGAAAAGUUCUGCAACAGGAAAGUGAAACAAGGAACAAGUAUCACUCUGUCUGUCAAAGUAGGAGGAUCUCCUACUCCUACGGUUUCAUGGCUGAAGGAGAAAUCAAUGGAGGAUGUCUUGUGGAUCAAGUCGGAUACUAAAGGAUACAAAAUAGCAAGUUCUGGUUGCCAGCACAGCCUCAUCAUGAUGGAUGUGGGCACAGAGUACUCUGGCGUCUAUACCUGUAUAGCCACAAACAGAGCAGGGCAGUCUGUCUGCACUGCUCAACUCAAGGUGGAUGAUGCACCACAACUAAAGAAGGAGAUCACAGCUUCAGAGGUUCUUGGGAUUCACAAGAGUGGUCCAGAAGAGGCAGCCAGCAGAGAAAAUGAGGGUAAAAUCCCCUACUUGGGUGAAGUUGGAACAGAAGAAUUCCUCAAGAAACUCACCUCUCAGAUCACAGAAAUGGUUUCAGCAAAGAUCACCCAAGACAAUUUACAGAAUGAGGAAGUGCUCCAGUGGAUGAAAACUUGGCCCAAAUCUACCACUUCAUUACGCAUACCAGGAGGUGACAGUGACGACGAAACCAAAACUCCUUCUCCAUCACCUCAUCAUGGCCGCUCUCAUCCGCCCUCCCUCAUCGUAGAUUCCUCUUCAGAGUCAGAUGAAGGAGAUGCUAGGGGAGAGAUGUUUGACAUUUAUGUGGCGUUGGCUGACUACACCCCAACCACUGCAAGCAAAGACUCCAUCUCCUUGAAGGAAGGACAGUAUGUGGAGGUUCUGGACUCAGCUCACCCACUGAAGUGGUUAGUCCGGACCAAACCAACUAAAACAACACCGUCACGGCAAGGCUGGGUGUCACCUGCAUACCUGGACAAAAAACUCAAACUGUCUGCUGAUUCAGGUGACCUCCCAGAGGGAAACGUAGAGGAGGUGUCAGAGGGAGAAUACAAGAGGAAGUUAUUCCAACUUAUACAGGAUCUGGUAAACGGAGAGUCUGAGUUUGUGAAGGAGUCUGGUUUCUUCACCUCCCACCACCUGAAGCAGGCUGACAGUCCUGAAGCACCUCCUGAUGUCGCCACCCAGAAAGAGACCAUUUUCAGAAACAUUGAUGAUAUAAAAUCCUUCCAUAGCAAGACAUUCCUCCCAAAGCUGCAUGACUGUGACACAGACGACGAUGUUGCCAUGUGCUUCUUGAAGAACAAGGAGGGAUUUGAGAAGUACCUUCAGUAUCUUGUAGGUCAGAGUCAAGCCGAAUUAGCCAUCAGUGACAAGAGUGUCCAUCGCUUCUUUAAGGAGUACACUGAUAAAGAGCAAGCCAGUGCAAAUGCUUCAGAUCCUCCAGUGCGAAGCAUCCACACCUACCUGCAACAGCCACUGGAGAGGAUUCAGAAAUACAAAGCCCUUCUUAAGGAGCUCAUUAGAAACAAGGCAAAAAAUGGCCAGAACUGCUGUUUACUUGAAGAGGCGUAUGCAAUGGUGUCUGGACUCCCGCAGCGCUCAGAGAACACACACCAUGUGUCGUUGAUCGAGAACUAUCCUGCUACCCUGGAAGUUCUUGGAGAACCAAUUCGACAGGGACCUUUCCAAGUCUGGGAGGGAGCUCCUGGAAUUAGAACGUCCUCAAGAGGUCACCACCGUCACGUGUUCCUUUUUAAGAACUACUGCAUCAUCUGCAAACCCAAAAGGGACAGCAACACCGAUACACAAGCUUAUGUUUUUAAGAACAUGAUGAAAUUGAAUAACAUCGAUGUGAAUGAAACGGUGGAAGGUGACGAUCGUGCCUUUGAGAUCUGGCACGAACGGGAAGACUCUGUUAGAAAAUACACUUUACAGGCUCGGACGGUAAUCAUCAAGAACUCUUGGCUGCGAGACUUCAGAGAACUACAGCAGCGAUACAGCAUGGCUGCAUGGAAUCCGCCAGAUUUUGAAGAAAUUUUGGCAAACUGUACAGCAGAGUUGGGUCAGACAGUGAAACUGGCUUGCAAAGUUACAGGAGUGCCCAAACCUGCAGUCACCUGGUACAAGGAUGGACGUGCAGUAGAGGCAGAUCCCCAUCACAUCAUCAUUGAGGACCCUGAUGGUUCCUGCACGCUGAUCUUGGAUAAUAUGAGUGCAGAUGACUCUGGACAGUACAUGUGCUUUGCCACAAGUGCAGCUGGAAACGCCAGCACUCUUGGAAAAAUUACUGUUCAGGUACCUCCUCGUUUUGUAAACAAGAUGAAGAAUGCUGUCUUUGCCCCUGGGGAAGACGCUCAAUUCACCUGCAUAAUACAAAGUGCUCCCAGCCCCAAAAUCAGGUGGUUCAAGGACAGCAGACUCCUGACAGACCAGGAAAAGUACCAGACCUACAGCGAGCUACGUAGUGGGGUUCUGGUUCUGAUCAUAAAAAACCUGAACGAGCGAGACCUUGGCCACUACGAGUGUGAGCUGUCAAACCGCCUGGGUAAUGCCAAGUGUGCUGCUGAUUUAGUCCUCCCUUCUGCUGUGGCUCGCACUGGUGAGCAGGCUAUCACCAUUGAAGUCACAGAGCAGCAGACGAAAAUACCAAAGAAAACCAUCAUCAUUGAGGAAACUAUUACCACUGUGGUGAAGAAUCCCCGUAUGAGGAGACACAGAUCCCCAGGCUUGACUCUUGUUGGUGCCCAUCGCUCUGAGACUUCCACACCUGAGCCUCCGACAGCGAGAUCGAGAAGGAUGCCCACUCCAAGAAAGACAACCAUACCAACCCUCUAUGUCACAGAGCCAGAGGGAGCAGAAGCCAGGGCAGUGGAGACCAGGCCGAGGUGGGUUGAAGUGGAAGAGGUCAUUGAGUACAAGGUCAAUAAGUCACCCAGGCUGUCCAGGAGAAGAGGCGUCUCACCUGCAGGGUCUGAUCGUGCUGCAACUCCCUCAAGACCCAAGAGGUCCACCAUCGAAAACCCAAAUGUUAAUAAUUCUAACAACAAGCUGGUGGAGCAAACCCAGGCACAGCUGCAGGGGGAGAUCAGCAGCCAGCCCCUCGCUUUGGAGGAAGGUGAGCAGAUUGCUUCUGGAGAACCUCUUGAAGUCUCAUCUGUCCUUACAUCUGCUGGAGAAGACAUUGAUGACCAGGACACUAUUAUCUUUGAACCGGAUGAUGAAGAAUGUGACGCACCAAAUGAAAAGGAGCAUGUGAUCCUGAAACAAGGAGAUCGUAUUUUGAACCUCGAGGACUUGGAGGAUUACAUCCCAGAGGAAGGCGAAACGUACGGUUCCUCCGGUGCCCACCAUGUUGUAGAGGAGAAGCCCUGUGAGAUCUCUGUUCUCCAGAGGGAGAUCGGUGGGUCCCAAGUGGGACAGCCGGUGCUUCUCAAUGUCGGACGGCCAGAUGUCGUACCAAGGCAGAGGAGUAGCUUCUUCGGUCGCUUCAGAGAGCAUCUCUCCAACAGCAUUUUCUCAUCUGGUUUCCCACAAGCUGCCGAACCUCGGCCCAGAACGGAGAGGCAAGUCCCGAUCCGAGUGAGCCAGGCGGACCUGGAGGUGAAGCCUUCAUACUGCUCUGAAGUGCAGAGAGCUGAGGGACGGCAGCGCAGCUUUAAAACCAAACUGUCCACUCAGACCUACGGCUACACACCAGUGGGAAACACUGUCACUCUUCAAAUUAGAGACAACCAGAAUCAGAACCAGUAAGCUAACUUCAUUCGGCACCACAAAUUCUUAGUCUUAAAUAGAUGAAUUUUAGCGUAAAAGGUGAAGAACAUCUCUGAUGCAUUUUACGAACCAUUCCAUUUGAAGUGGUCAGUCAAAAAUAGGUCUGAUUCUCAAACCCUGUUUUAUAACAAACGGUUGACAUCAGGAUGGUUUCCAGACUUUAGCGAAGUUGGAAAGCGUGGGAAUAAUUUUGUCUCUGUAAGUAGGUUUCAGUCUCAUUCUGUUUUUGUCAGCAAUAUGAAGUGUGGACAGAAACCUAAACAUCAGGAUUUGAGCAAUACUAACUGAUCCAGGCAUUAGACAACAUUUCUCCAUAUUCACAAACAAGCUGGUAUUUCGUACAUUUCGAGUUUUACUUUUGUACUUUACAGAAAUGUUGCAUUUAAGUGCCUUGGAUUACUGGAACAAGAAAUAUUAAGAUGUUGUGACUUUGUUUGCUUUCAUUUAAUCACUGACAGAAAAUCUAAUUAGUUUUUUCUGUUAGUCUUUGAAUGAAUCCUCUGUGAACAGUUUUUAAAAAAUAUUAUUCUUGUAGAUCAGUCGGCAGGUGGUUACAAAUGUUCAGAUGCUCCAGUCAAAGUCAUGUUUGGAAUCUGUCGAUGUGCAAACUCAAGACUUUCACAGGGACGUCUUCGUGUGCUGCUGAUGUGUUUAGAUGAGUGAUGGCAUGUUUUUGUCAGAUUUGUUCAUUUAGAGAAACCAGAAUGGUCAUAUUUAAGUGGAAAUGUGUGCAAAAUACUCAGGCUCACCAAAUUUACAACCUUCUUAGUGCAAUUAAAAAGUGAGUGGGCUAACUUC